UGCGCUCUGUUGCCCGUACAGUUCAUGUCGUAAUGAACUAACCUCCUGGACAGCAGCCACAAAAUCAGUGUGUUUCACCAACAAACCCCAUGGAAAAGGAAACAAAGAUGGUGAUGCUGUGUCUCCUUGUUGCAGCUCUGAGCAGCCCUGCGUUGAGUGAAGAAUGGAAGGCCACUGUUGUACAAAACCUCGAGGCCCUGGUUUCAUCCUGUGUUGUGGUUCCCUGUUCAUUCAGCCAUCCUAAAGAAAAUCUGCCCUCCUCCAGGCUCAGAGGGAUCUGGCAUCGUUCAAAAAAAUGGGAUGAACGCAUCUAUUACUACGACAACACAAAAGUUCUGGACAACUUUCGAGGUCGCACUCGGAUGUUGGGAUAUCUGGGUCAGAACAACUGCACCCUAGAAAUCACUGAUAUUAAAGAUCAUGACAAUGGCCCUUUCUGUUUCCGGAUUGAAUUAGCACGAACAGAGACUGACCAACCCACCAAGGACAUGUUCUCCUUUGUUGAAAGUUGUUUCGAGUUGACAAUGCUGCCUGACCCCCCAAAACCUACAUUGAUUAACCCAAAAGAAGCACUUCAAGAUCAUCCCCACACUCUCAUUUGCUCAGUGACCCAUACCUGCCCCUCCCAUCGGCCUAAUCUCACAUGGAGUAGGGGCACCGCAGGUGAUGUCACUGAGGUCCACAAAGAAAUCCAUCCUGGUUACUGGGAUUUACAGUCCAUCCUGACGUUCAUUCCUGGGGAGACGGAUGACCACAGUGAGAUCACCUGCACGGCGCAUUUUAAUGGACGGAAGACGUCCUCCACCACACUGAAGCUCCAUGUAAAACGUGUAGAAAACUAUAAACACAUCAUCAUUCCCGCGGCUGUGGGGAUUGGUACUGCCAUCAUCUUUAUGGCCACCUGCAUUUUCAUGGUGAAAAAGUACAGGACACGCAUUGCAGAGCUCCAAAGUCAGGACGGCAGCGUGUGGAACCGGCUGUCCAGGCUGUCUCGCAGGAUGCAUUCUGUUGGCCCACGACCAUCUCGACCUGAUCAAAGAGGGCCUAAACGGGACAAUUUGCAUUUAGAUCAUUUACCCAAUCAUGUGAAGUCAAAAACCUGUGCUGAUCAGAAAACCUCGAAGCCUCGUUUCCCAUCACCCAAAAGCCAGCCAAAAUCCUGCAACUACAAAGAGGACCUCGAUGACGGUGACGAUUACAUGAACAGUGCGGAGCUCAACAUCUAUGGAAACCUGUGAAAUAAAACCUUUCGAUGAGAGUUUGUGAUAAAAGCAGACAGCAAACCAAUCCACGCUUAUAAUGAUCAUUAGGUAUUAAGCGCAUCUGAUGAUUGCAUGACUACUGUGUUAAUCUCUCCUAUCAAGCAGAAUAUAUAUUAUAUAUUUAACUCUGUCUGUGAUAAUGUGGCUUCUGUGUAGCAAUAUGUAUGCAGUUUUGUUGUCAUUGCAUAUGUUCAAUCGUUGUGUCAUCAUUGUUGGGCCUGAAACGUGUCCAUCAGGGAUACAGCCAACAGUUUAGCUUAGCUUCGUGUAAAGACUAGACUCACUAAGUGAGGGGAACAGCUCGCCUGGUUCUGCACAAAGGUAACCAAAUCCUCCAACCAGCACCUCGCUAAUUGAUAACAAAAAAUGGCAUCACGUUCAUUAGCAAGCUUUAAAGGUUUUCGUAGGUUUUGUUAACAAUGGAUGGAGCCAGGCUAGCUGUUUGCCCCCGUUUCAAGUCUAGCUAAGAUAGCCAUCUGCUAGCAUAGAUGGUUAGCCUAGCAUACAGACAUAAAAGCUUAAAAAGUUGGAAUCAACCUUUUCAUCUCAUGGAAAAAAAAGGCUGAUAAUCACAUUUGCUAGACAAUGUCUUUGAAUUAAAUUUACAAAGCCUACACAUAUAUAAGGUAUAAAUAAACUCAUAUAUAGU